AUAUGGAUUUUGUUUUUAAAUAAAAAUUUAUUUGGAAAGUAUUAAUGCACGUGAAUUACAGUAUUGAAAAGGAUUAUUAUUUAAACAUAACUACUAAUUUAAACUUAAAUAUUAAAUAAGUUGAGAGAUAACACACGUGCUGAAAUUAUGAAACUCGUCAAACGUAUAACGAAGCGAAGAACUGGUAUUGUUUUGGUACUACUGCUUAUAUGUUUCUGCAUUAUUUACAAAGCGAAUGAAUGGAAAUUGAUGAGAAGUCAGCGUAAUAAGGUGCCUUUGAUACCACUUAAUGACAACAACAUACUCUCCGAAUCGGCACCGACGUUGAGAUCCGAAUUGCUUAUUCUUUGGUACAACAAACCAAGUUGGAUCAACGAGUUGCUUGUAAACAAGACUCUAGGAACUUGUCCAUACAACAACUGUUUCUCUACCAACAAUAAGGCAUUGUUUAACCAAUCGGCAGCCGUGAUCUACCUCAUUAGCAGCGAUGGCCCUCCCAAAGUUCCACCAGUUUCCGCUGUGCAUCGGAACAAAGAUCAGUCGUGGAUAUUCUUCAACCUCGAGCCCCAGACACUAUACGGAAUCAACUUUGGGCCAGAAUGGGCAUAUGCUAUGAACUGGUCCAUGAUGUAUCACAGAGAUGCCGACAUUUUCUACCCGUAUGGGACAAUAGAGCCUCGGAAUAAUAACAAUUCGAUCCUGCAAAAGAAGAACUACAGUUCAAUCUUUGAAGGAAAAACGGUAUUAGCGGCAUGGUUUGUAAGCCAUUGUCAAGUCCAAUCACGGCGGGACGUGUAUGUUAAACAGAUGAUGAAGUAUGGAGUACAAAUUGACAUCUUUGGAUCAUGCGUUAAUGGAACACGUUCGCUUCCGAAAAACGACCAUCAAAUGAUCACUACUGUGCUUAAUCAGUCAAAGUUUUAUUUGGCUUUUGAAAACUCUAUGUGCCAAGAUUACGUUACCGAAAAGUUUUUCGAAAGGUUCGAUUCGGAUACAAUUUUGGUUGCGCGUGGAGGAAAUAACUACACGAAGUAUUUCCCACCAGGCACUUUUAUAAAUGCAGCUGACUUUGGUAAUGCUAAGAAGUUAGCGGAGUAUCUAAUAAGAUUGGGUAACGAUAAAAAUGAAUAUAUGGCCAUUCUUCGCAGAAAAGACAUGUACGUUUCAACGCAACCUCAGCUUGAAAACUGCAAGUGUUAUUGCAAGCUUUGUGAAAUGUUAAACAAUGUUGACAAAUACCGUAAAACAUACCUGAGUAUCCAGGAAUACGUGUACUCAAAACCUUGCAGUGCACCAACGGAUAUCGAGUAAUUUGAACGUUACGGUGUUGGUUCAAUAAGGAAGAAAGAGAGAGAGAGAGAGAGAGAGAGAGAGAGAGAGAGAGAGAGAGAGAGAGAGAGAGAGAGAGAGAAAGACAGAUGGAGUCAGAUGGAGACAGAGAGAGUGAGAAGGGAGGGAGAAAGAGAAACAGACAUACAGACAGACAAACAGACAGAGUGACAGACAGACAGACAGACAGACAGACAGACAGGCAGGCAGACUGACAGCAGACAGACAGACAGGCAGAGACAACGAGAGGCACAGAGGGAUACAGGGAGAUACAUAGAGAGACAGUGAGAGACAGAGAGAGCGAGGGCUAGACAGAGAGCAAGAGAGAGAGAGAGAGAGAAAGAAGAGGCUACCUAUGUUUAUAUAUUAAAUGUCGAUUAUUUAUCAAAGAGUGCGUGUUUAAAACAUUAAGUUAUUAGUAUUAUUAGUGUAGUGCAUGUUAUGGACUGAAAUCGCAUUUAUUAAUAUUUCCACGUAUUAUAAUUUGUAUUAUAUAAUAAGUUAUAUAUAUAUAUAACUUUGAGGGUUGGGCUUUUUGAAUCCAGUCAUGUACAUCAUCACGCCAUUAUGAUAUUAUCAUUCAAUAGUCAGCAUAUGUGGAUUACAUGGCGGACGAGCGACUAUUGUGAUUUUAUUCUGUUAAAAAACAAUCUAAAAGAUGGAAUAGCAAUAACAUACUAAUAAUAGAGCCACACAAAAGGAACUGGAAAUUUGGGAGUGAUUGUUUUUGUAAUUAUAUUGCAGCUUUAAGUAUAAACGUUAUACCCAAAUUGUACUUGUCAAAGUAUUUUAAUAUAUAGCAAUCGACAACUCAUGUUGUACUGCACUUCGAACGGUAAACCUACAAAUGAUUUACAAAAGGCUAAAGUGUUCUUAUAAAACACUAUUUGCUCAGUUUUUGGUAUGUUUCUAAAAAAUUAGGGUUGACGGUUGACGACUAGAAUAGUUUGUCGAACAGAUUUGUCAACUUACGUUUGGACGUUAAAACCUAAAUCAAUUUACCGUUUUACCGUGUGCGUUUGACAGCACAAACAGUUUGCCGAGCUGUUAAGACUGCUAAACUUAUCAAAGGUAAAUUUUAACUUACAUCAUGUGUAUAUCAGUAGACGUAAUACACUUAUAAGUAUAAUAUAAAAUAUGUAUUGGUGGUUAAAUUGUAAAUAAACUUAUGAUAAUAA